UUAAGGCCGAUCGCCAGAGCCGCUUUGCAGUGGCAGCGGUGGCGGCUCCCUGGAGGGACUAGAGGAGGCUUGUGUGGCGGUUUGUUUGGCUGGUCGGAGGCGCGAGGUGGGAACGCUGCUGACGGGAGGUAACUCAGCUGUUGUCCCCAGAGCCUGCAGUUACAAGGCCUUCUUCCUGCCUCUGCCGUGAGCCCUAAGACCUGCCAGAGCUCACCAUGGGGAACCACUUGACAGAGAUGGCCCCCACAGCCCCCUCCUUCUUGCCCCACUUCCAGGCUCUGCAUAUCGUGGUCAUUGGGCUGGACUCAGCUGGAAAGACCUCCCUCCUCUACCGCCUCAAGUUCAAGGAGUUUGUCCAGAGUGUCCCCACCAAAGGCUUCAACACAGAGAAGAUCCGGGUGCCCCUCGGAGGGUCCCGUGGUAUCACCUUCCAAGUGUGGGAUGUUGGGGGGCAGGAGAAGCUGAGACCACUAUGGCGCUCCUACACACGCCGGACAGAUGGGUUGGUGUUUGUGGUGGAUGCUGCUGAGACUGAGCGCCUGGAGGAGGCCAAGGUGGAGCUACACCGAAUCAGUCGUGCCUCGGACAACCAGGGUGUGCCUGUGCUGGUGCUGGCCAACAAGCAGGAUCAGCCUGGGGCACUGAGCACUGCUGAGGUGGAGAAGAGGCUGGCAGUCCGAGAGCUGGCAGCUGCCACUCUCACCCACGUGCAGGGCUGCAGUGCUGUGGAUGGGCUGGGCCUGCAGCCAGGUCUUGAGCGCCUAUAUGAGAUGAUCCUCAAGAGGAAGAAGGUGGCCCGGGCAGGCAAGAAGAGACGGUGACCCACAGUCACCCCCUCCUCCCCUGUAGGGGUCUGUGCACUUGGACAGCCAGGCAGAGCUGGCUGCCCACUCAGCUCCGGGUGCAGGACCUGUCCACCUCAAAGAAGGAUGGAGGGUCCUGUUUUGGUGCAGUGUUGGAGAAGGGGUGGGAGAUGGGAUGUCUUCUCACACCUUUCCCUCGUCCUCACUUCUGGAGAAGGUGGGGACUGCAGGACUGUUGAAGGCUUAAAUGUAGACUGUGACUACCUCGACCCUGUUUUUUGUUUUUCUUUGGCUUUUUGAUUAGGUGUGUUUUGGGGCAAAGGAAAGUUGCUUGGAGAAUGCAUGUGGGAUGAACAAGAACUAUCUGCCCCCAGCCCCAACCUGGGGAGCCUCCCUGGACUGCUUCUCUAGGGAUGCCAGUCACAAUUGCCUUUAUUUGUGUCUGUCUGAAAGUGCCAAGAGCCCCCCUCACAUUUGUUGAUCUACAAUUGUUUUUAUAAGCCAUGUUUGUCCUCUAUUGUUAAAUAUUUUUUAGCAUUUGCCUGUAAGGUAUUAAAGACUGGCGAUACUGUAGCUCUA